AUCAAAACAACAGGGAGGAAAUAUCAUCUGCGACAAACUUGAGUUUGUGCUCUUCAUAUUUUUAACAACAACUUUAAAGUUUUGACUCGAUUAUUUGAGUAUAUUUACAACUUUUAGUGUAACCAGUUAGCUAUAAGAUUGUUUGCAAUAUGUUUGUCUGUUUGCUUGGUGCAAAGAAAGAAUAAAAUAGCUAUACAAAUUUUGAGUAAAUUAACAUGACUACUUUAACUACUUCGGCCUCUGCAACGAGCUUGGAGUCGAGCAAUAAGCUGGUGUGCUCGAGUGGGAACAAUGUUUAUGAAAUGUGCGGUCUUAUCAGUGGAUUACCUUUGCAUAUCGAAUGCAUGACUGGUUAUGAUGAUUUCGUCAUUGUCGGGUCUAAAGAGGGACAUUUGCUGAUAUACAAAAUCACAUUCCGGAAUCAAGCAAAGCUGCACGCAGACAUUGAAAUUACUUUAUCCAACAAAAACUUUACGACAGCUAUAGGCACAACUGCAACGCGGAAAUCUGUGAUUCAGUUAGAUGUUAUUCCAGAGCACAAAAUAUUGAUUGCGCUCACUACAGAGGGUAUAAGCACUCAUGAUUUGUCAAUGUAUCAUUGCAAAUGUAUAAGUUCCAUUGACGGAACGAAAGGAGCUUCAAUAUUUGCUUUAAAUAUUCAGAGACAAAUGUCAUUAACUGGUGGUCCCUCAAUAACUGUCCGCAUGUGUGUUGCGAUUAAUCGGUCUCUUCAGUUUUACUACUGGAAAAAUAGAAGUUUUUUUCCACUCCGUGAUGAUUUAGCCAUUCCAGAUUGUCCAAGAGCAUUGGCCUGGUGCAAAGAAGUUAUUGUGCUUGGGUUCAAGAAUGAGUAUUGUGAAAUCGAUAUGUUAUCUGGCAAACAGAAAGACGUUUGUUCUCGUAGUAGCAAAUAUGGAGAGCCGAUAAUAACGCCUGUGUCUCCAACUGAAUAUGCCGCAGUAAAUGAUAAACAUUGUUUCUUGUUUAAGCUGACCAACAAAUCCGAAGUCAAGAAAUCUCAACAAGAAGCGACAGAAGAAAAGAACAUGAAGGAAAAAAAUCCUGUAAUUACCUGGACAGAGCAUCCCAUUUCUCUAGUGUAUGAUGAGCCAUAUUUUAUUGGAGUACUUGGUGGUUUCGGCAUGGAAGUUAGAACGUAUAAACCAAAACUCAAAAUUGACUUAUUUAAUAUCGCACAAGCAAAGCUGGCCUGUUCUCCGAAAAGUGGAUUCAUUUAUGUGGCGUCGCAUGAUUCUUUAUGGGCUUUAAAAUCAACCCCUGUGGUCGCACAAAUGGAUCUAUUUGUGAAGCAAAAUCAUUUUGAGCUCGCUUUAGGACUUGCGAAUAUAUGGAAAGAGGUUCCAUCUGAGAAACAAAAGAAAAUCACUCAAAUUAAAAACCUGUUCGCCUUUUAUCUAUUUUGCAACCGAAAAUAUAAAGAGGCAAUGACAAUUUUUAUGGAACUUGGGACAGAUGCCUCGCAUGUUAUUGGGCUGUAUCCUGGAUUACUACCUCAGGAGUUUCGACUCCAGAUUGACUACCCAGGAGUUGUUCCAGAACUCAGGGGAGUUGAUAUUGAUGGUGCAAUGGCCAAUCUAAUCAUGUUUUUAACCAAUAGUCGUACGGUACUGCUAGGAAAUUCAAGUCAAACAGUAACCGAGUCUGCUUCGAUUGUUGAAGGUGCUACAAUUAUAAAAUCUAAGAAACAAUUGCUGCAAAUUAUUGAUACAACUCUGCUCAAGUGUUAUCUCCAGUCAAAGGAAUCCCUUGUUGCCUCAUUGCUCCGAUUGAAGGACAAUCACUGUCAUAUUGAUGAAACAGAACGGGCUUUGAUUAAACACAAGAAAUUCAACGAACUGAUUAUUUUAUACCAAACAAAAGGAAAUCACCGCAAGGCUCUAGAAACGCUAUUAAAACAGAAUGAUACAGACGGAGUGAUUGAGUACCUACAAAAGCUAGGAAGAGAAGAAAUGGAUUUAAUCCUUGAAUUUGCAAAAUAUAUUUUUGAAGAAAAUCCUGAAAAGGGGCUAAAAAUAUUUACUGAAGAUUUGCAAGAAGUUGAUCAACUCUCGCGUCCUCGUGUUUUUGAUUUUAUUUCCAAAAAUUUUCCUCGCAGCAAAAUCGGAUAUCUCGAGCAUAUCAUUAAUGUCUGGGAUGAAAAGAAUUCUCUGUUCCAUAAUGCUUUAGUUAACGAGUACUUGGACAAGUAUAUGGAGGAAACAGAGCCGUCACUCAAAACCAAGUUUUUGGAAACUCUGCGUCUCUUUCUUCAAAAGUCGCAAUAUUACUCACCAGAAAUUGUCCUUGUUCAUUUUCCAUACGAGUGCAUGUUUGAAGAGCGGGCCAUGGUUCUUGAGCGAAUGGGAAGACAUGAUCAAGUGCUAGCUAUUUACGUGACAGUGUUGAAGGACCCUAGAAAGGCGAUGGAGUACUGUAAAAUGAUCUACGAGAAGAGUGAUGUCUCUAAAAAAGAAGUAUUUUCAGUUUUAAUGAAAAUGUUACUCAGCGGGCCUACUCCAGUCUCCCUCCCUGGACUUUCCCUUGAGCUUUCACCCCAUGUAUCUGACAUUCCAAGUGUAAUGAUGUUGCUAAAAGAUUACGCUCCUUAUCUUGACCCAAUUCAAGUGCUAAGCUGUUUACCAGAUGAAGUCCAAUUGUCAGAUAUUCAGAAAUUUCUCAUGACCAGUGUUCAAAACCGACUUUCAGAAAAGAGAAAGUACUUGAUUCAAAAAGGGCUAAUCAAAGCAGAGUUCCUAAGAGCUUCUGGCGAAAAAAGUGGAGUCGAAGCUGAAAGAUUUUAUCUGGAUGAAAGUACUCCAUGCGCAAUGUGCAAUAAGAAAAUUGCUAGCCAAAAUGCAUUUGUGCGGUAUCCGGAUGGGUUCGUCCUUCACUUUCACUGCCAACCAGGUGAGGUGACUCUGGACGAAAACUUAAUGGACCAAUAGAGCUGAACAGACAGUAACUUGAUUUUAACUUUACCGACCAAUUUUGUAACUUUUUUUAUUGGACAAACAUAAGGAGUGUAUAAAUAUAUUCCACUUUUUCGUUGUGUUAGAGAACUUUUAAAAAGCGAAAUAGCCUAAAAAUAAUUUAAGCUAUCAAUAAUUUCAACACAAAUAUAUGUAUGCGAUUUUUAUUUCGCCAAUUAUCAUAAUUAAACCUUUCCCAAUGUUUGA